CAAUAAGGCUAAGCUUUGGGUGAUAAAGAAUCCCUCUUGAUUCUCUACUGCCCCAGGCUUUGUGGAUCUAAAAAAGAGAAGAGAGAUGCCAAUGAAGGGCAAGGUAUGCUCUAAACAAGAUUGCCUCACUCUGAUGAAUCAUGUCACCUGUACUGAGGCAGUGCACAGUGUGAACUUGGGUGAGGGAUGCCUAAAUAGAUGCGAUAUUUGUGUAGAGGAGAGCAACGUGGGUGGAUGUGAUGGAUGCGAUCACUGUGACAUCAAAGAAGUGAAGACUUUAGCAACUGGAGAAGAUGUUGAGCAACAGAGUCAUGCUGAUAGUUCCUUUUUUCAUUGUGUUAUUAAUAUGAGUGGAAUGCUUAUAGGUCUUGGCCAGUUAUCAACUCCAUAUGCUCUAGAAAAUGGAGGAUGGGCUACUGUUUUCCUGCUUGUAGGACUUGGGACGAUUUGCGGAUACAGUUCUCACCUCUUGGGAAAAUGUCUAGAGAAGAAUCCCAAAUCAAAAAGCUACACUGAUAUUGGAGAGACUGCAUUUGGAAAGAAAGGAGGAAUUUUAGCUGCAUGCUUCAUCUACUUGGAGAUUUUCAUGGCGCUUGUGUCCUACACCAUCUCCCUCCAUGAUAACCUCAUCACCGUUUUCACCGGUACCCAAAUUCAGCUCCCAAAAUACGUGCUUCCCCCAUCUCAGUUGCUCACUGUGAUUGCAGUUUUGGUAGCACUUCCCAGUCUGUGGUUGAGAGACCUCUCUUCAAUAUCAUUCCUUUCCUCAGUUGGUAUUUUGAUGUCAGCUCUUAUCUUCGUGUCAGUGGCAUGCACUGCUAUUUUUGGUUUUGGAGGUGUUAAAGCUAACAAAACCAUACCGGUGCUGCAUCUGCAAAAGAUUCCUGCAAUAUCCGGCCUCUACAUCUUCAGUUAUGCUGGCCAUAUCGUUUUUCCCAACUUGUACAAAGCCAUGAAAGAUCCCUCAAAGUUUACCAAGGUAUCAAUGGCGAGCUUUGCUUCAGUGACAGCACUUUAUGCUUCUCUAGCAUUCACCGGUGCCAAACUAUUUGGGCCACAAGUUAACCCUCAGAUCACUCUCAGCAUGCCUCAACAUCACUUCAUCACAAAGAUUGCAUUAUGGGCAACCGUUCUAACACCCAUGACUAAAUAUGCACUUGAAUUUGCUCCCUUUGCAAUUCAGCUGGAGCACAAUCUUCCUCCUUCAAUGAGUUCCAGGAUGAAACUGAUCACAAGAGGCAUUGUGGGUUCCCUUCUCCUUCUCCUGAUACUUGUCCUUGCCCUCUCCGUGCCAUACUUUGAGCAUGUCCUUAGCCUUACAGGGUCCCUUGUAAGCGUAUGCAUCUGCAUCAUUUUGCCUUGUGCCUUCUACAUCAAGAUCUCUUGGGCUUAUAUCUCUAAACCUAUUCUGAUUCUCAACCUUUUACUCAUUGCAUUUGGUACCCUUAUUGGGAUUCUGGGAACAAUUUCAUCAGCUGCAUCACUAGUAGAAAGCUUACUGAAACGUCAUUCUACUUGACGGAGGAAAUUAAUAAUCAAAUCCUUUGAUGCCUAGUUGAGUAUAUACAUAUAUUUCGGUAGUGUAUGAAAGCUGAAGGUUACAGCCGCUAAAGCUUGGGAAUUUUAAGUUUUUGUGUUUGAACCUUACCUAAGCCCAAAGAAAUCUGGGGAAAAUGAUAGCUGUCUUGUUGUAUAAUAUAAUAUAAAAUCUAGUAAAUGUACUAGUGCUUA